AUGGGAAAUUAUAAUAGAUAUAAUAAUAACAGGUUUAAUAAUAACAACCAUGGUGGAUAUCAACCAAGAGAUUAUAAUAACAACAAUGGGAUGGCUCAACAAAAUAAUCAAAACGCAAUUUUUGUUGGUGAUUUAACACAAUCCAUUCAAGAACCUCAUUUACAAAAUUCAUUUAAAGAGUUUGGCGAAAUUGUUUCAAUUAGAAUAUUCCCACAAAGAGGUUUUGCGUUUGUAAAUUUUAAAGAUAGUGAAUCUGUAGAAAAAGCAAUAAAUGGUAUGAAUGGUGGCUUAAUUGAAGGUAUAGCUGUUAAAGUUGGCCACUCAAAUGCAGGCUCAAAACUUAAUAACAGAGGACCACCAAGAUAUAAUAAUAACUUUAAUAAUAAUAGCCCAUAUGGAGGCGGCGGUUUACCAUUUAAUAAAAAUCCAAACUACAAUAACAACCAACACUUUAAUAAUGGUCCAAAUAAUCCAAACUAUGAAGGUAAUAAUCCAUACCCCAAUAGACCCAAUGAUCAUUACAACAAUAAUAACAACAACCAACACAUAAAUAAUGGUAAUGGUCAAUAUAUAGCGAACAAUGACCAAAAUGAAAACAAUAAUGAUAAUAAUGAAAGUAAUACCGCAUCACCACCAGAAAACAUCGAAACAGGCAAUGAUCCAAAAGCAGCCUAUUACGAUCUUCUUGACAGGAACCAAGAAAAAUUCUAUCCAAACACAGAAAAAUCAAAUAAUGGAGAAAAUAUAACAAACAUUGAGUCACAAAUCCCGCAAAGACCAAUACCAAAAUACGAUUACGACAGUUAA